AGGUGGAAAUAGAAAGAACCAAAAAUGCAGCCGAUUUCUUGUGUUAUUUAGCAAUGAGAAGUAUCAACCCUGUUGUCUACAUCUGCUAUCUUGUUGCAGAUGGUGGAGGAGAGGUGUGUGUAUGGAAUGAGUUCUGAAAAUAACAACUGGACUCAAAUCAAACGGGAAGCCUGGAUUUCUUCAAAUCUAUCCGGGUUCUCGAGAGCUAUACAGGAAUGUGGCCUGGCCCGCUUUAAGAACAGUGUCACCAAAACUUUGAAAGGGUUUGAGUACGUUCUAGCUGGAACGCAAGGUGAAACACCUGCAAAAACUUUGAGGGAGACAGCCAAAGAGGCAACUGAGAAAGCGAAAGAAACAGCCCUGGCAGCUACAGAGAAAGCAAAGGACCUUGCCCACAAAGCAGGAUCACAGCAGUAUGUCUGAGACCUCAACCUUCACCCUCAAAACAUGGGUUUUGAGAUUUGUAUAUCGUUAGUAACGAUAAUGAGUGUGCAUGUUAACACAAAGGUGAACUCUUGAAGUGGGCAAAUGUGACUGUCGGCCUGCUCCACGUCCCCUAUCCAGCCC